GUGAGAUGAACAAAUUUGAUUUGCAUUUCUCCCUUGGUGAUACAGCAACCGCGGUUCGGAUUCCAUGCGUUCCUCUUUGUGAUCUCUGUCUGUUGUUCAAUUAACUUUCAAAAGUUCCCUCCCUCUCUCGUCCGUCCCUAGGGUUCCGCCAGAGAAUGAAACGUUCUUUGGAACUAUACGAGCUUUCCGACGACGACUGGCCUGAAGAGCACUCCUUCAAACCCUCACGAGUCUUGCGACCCGAUACUGCACACUCCCCACCUCCGAUCGAGUCAUUCGCUUAUUCCAAGCCCAACAAUCGUUCGGAACCUCCAACAAUCGAUUUCAUUGACAUCGACGACAGCGCUUCCGACGGAGUUGCGCGUAAAUCCCAAAAUUUAGAUGACGACACUGACGAGGAGGUAGGUGUGGUGAACAGGAUCCGCAGCCGUCGUAGAUUCGUCAUUGCGGAUGACGACGAUGGUCAUGAAGUGAAGUCUACUAAGAAACGGCGUGAAGUUUCCAGAUUUGGUGACGAUGAAGAAGAAGAAGAAGAAAUGGAACUGGAGUUGUACUCAGAAUUCGAAGACGACGACGAGGAGGAGCUGGAGGAAGAGAAAGAUGAAAAUGAUCUUGUUGUCAAGGCAUUGCACAAGUGUGGUAAAAUAUCAUCUGACCUGAAGAGAGAGUUGUAUGGCUCUGCAAAUGCAGUUUGUGAUCGCUUCUCUGAAGUUGAGGAAGUUUCUUCCCUGAGAAUGGUUUCUCAGGAUGAUGUAAAUGCGGCAUGUGCUGCAGAGGACUCAGAUUUCAAGCCGGUGCUGAAGCCUUACCAGCUUGUUGGAGUCAAUUUUCUUAUACUGUUAUACAGAAAAAAAAUUGGAGGAGCAAUACUGGCGGAUGAGAUGGGUCUGGGCAAGACAAUACAGGCCAUUACAUACUUGACCCUACUAAAGCAUUUGGAACAUGAUCUUGGCCCACAUUUAAUUGUAUGCCCUGCUUCUCUUUUGGAAAACUGGGAAAGAGAGCUCAAGAAAUGGUGUCCACAUUUCACUGUCCUUCAAUAUCACGGUGCUUCUCGAUCUGCUUACUCCAAGGAUUUGAGCCAUCAGGCGAAGGCUGGGUUUCCGCCAAAAUUUAAUGUUAUACUUGUGUGCUACUCACUCUUCGAACGACACAGUGCACAGCAGAAAGAUGACCGCAAAGUUUUGAAAAAGUGGCGGUGGAGCUGUGUUUUAAUGGAUGAGGCUCACGCUUUGAAGGAUAAAAAUAGCUACAGGUGGAAAAACUUAAUGUCUGUGGCACGAAAUGCAAACCAACGCCUGAUGCUUACAGGGACACCACUGCAGAAUGGUUUGCAUUGGUCUUCCAUUUCAGGAACUGUGGUCAAUGCUGGAGUUUAUGAUGCCUGAUCUAUUUGAAACAAGAGAUAUUGAUUUGAAAAAACUUUUUAAUGCCGAAGAUAAGGAGUUAAUUGCUCAGAUAAAAUCUAUACUUGGGCCAUUUAUUUUGAGAAGAUUGAAAUCAGAUGUAAUGAAGCAACUUGUACCGAAGAUUCAAAAGGUUCAUUAUGUAUUCAUGGGGGAACAGCAAGGAGGCAUGUAUAGAGAAGCGAUUGAAAAUUAUCGUACAACUUCUCUAGCACGUAUGCGAAAGCUAUCUGGAGCUGGUUUGAAUAAUGCCUCUGCAAUUUUUCCUAAAAAACAGAUUUCGAAUUAUUUUAUUGAAUUCCGCAAGAUCUCUAACCACCCAUUGCUAGUAAGGCGUAUCUAUAGCGAUGAUGAUGUCGUUCAAAUAGCUAAAGCGUUACGUCCAAGAGGUGUCUUUGGUUUUGAAUGCGCUAUGGACAGGGUUAUUGAAGAACUCAAGGGUUAUAACGACUUCUCGAUUCACAAGCUUUUACUUUCUUACGGUGAGUAUGAUACAAAGGGAGUUCUUUCGGAUAAACAUGUUAUGAAUUCAGCAAAGUGCCAGGCGUUGGCUGAUAUCCUUCCUUCGCUGAAGAAAUCAGGGCAUCGAGUCCUAAUAUUUAGUCAAUGGACAUCAAUGCUUGAUAUCCUUGAGUGGGCACUGGAUGUCAUUGGAAUUACUUACAGGCGACUUGAUGGAAGUACUGCCGUGGCUGAGAGGCAAUCCAUUGUAGACACAUUCAAUAAGGACACUUCUAUAUCUGCGUUCUUGCUCUCCACAAGGGCAGGAGGGCAGGGGUUGAACUUGUCUGGUGCUGAUACUGUGAUAAUACAUGAUAUGGAUUUUAAUCCACAAAUGGACCGUCAAGCUGAAGACCGCUGCCAUCGCAUUGGACAGACAAAGCCUGUUACAAUAUACAGACUGGUGACAAAAGAGACUGUUGAUGAGGAUGUGUACCAAAUUGCAAAGCGAAAACUGACAUUGGAUGCAGCUGUUCUUGAGAGUGAAGCUGAAGUGGAGAAUGAGGGAGAUUUGUCAGUCAAGUCUAUGGGAGACAUAUUGUCCUCACUGUUACUUAACACUUCGUCUGCUCAUUAACCUAUUCAUCCGCGGGACAAAAAAAGAAAGCAAGAAAAAAAACGUAGUGUUAUGGGCGGCAUGCAUCUUAAGCUCGCAUAUUCCAAGGUAAAUGCAAGAGUAAUUUGAAUUUUAAAUUACCAUGUGUAUCUGGGCGAGCUUGGUUCAAACUUAAACUUUUUUGGGGUUCUCGAAGAAAUAGGCUAUUAUUUUGAAACUUAGAAUUUGCUUCUUCUUAAUAGUGGAUCACUGGAAGUACAUUUUCGGAGUGACUAGAGCUUGUUGGAACUUGCUUAAUCUUAGUGAGAGACUUUUGAUUAAUGGCAAGGAAGAAUUUUAUUGUCAUUUCUUCAAUUUAUUCGCUCCAUAAUGUCCGACAAUAUCAAGUUGUCUAUGAAAUUUUCAUUUGAUACCAGUUUUUUUUUGUUUGUCCCACAUGAGUAAUCAAUCUAUCAACAACAACAAUAACAACAACAACCCAGGUGAAUCCCACAACAGUAGGGUCUGGGGAGGGUGUGUGUACGCAGACCUUGCCCCUACUCGGAAGUAGGGAGGCUGUUUCCAAGAGACCCCCGGCUCCACCUGCACAAAUAUAUGGAAGGGAGUAAUCAAUCUAUCGAGCAUCAUAAAACCCUGGACUCCAAAAACGGUUGUAGCUUGACCCGAUUAACUAUGAGUUUUUAUAUUGAAGAGAAUAUUAACUUAAAUUGCAGUUGAAAUU